GAUCUGGCUGGGGUUUUCCUCCGUCUUAGCUAUAUAUAUAAAUCUUAAUAGGACGAGGUUCAUGGGAUUUCUUCAAGUUAUUCACUGUGGGUUAUGCGAUAUUUAGAUAAUCUGAAACGGUCUACAAUUUUGUUGACUAGAGCGAGAGCAUGGCAACAGCAGUUAAUGAUGUCAAAGAUUCCGACGAAUUCAGAGGAAAUGUUUCUUUGUGGAGUAAUGAUGGCGAUGUUAAAGGUACCAAGAAGAGUGGGAAAGUUGGAAAAACAAAGGGAGAUCAAAAAGUAAUGUGCACAAUAUGUUCAGAGAUUGGAGAUGAGGCAGAGGCAAUUAUGGUGUGCAAGGAACCCGAUUGCAACGAAAAGUUAUGCAUUGCAUGUACUAAAAGACAUCAAAAGCAAAGGGCAACAAAAGGACAUGACGUAAUCAAGUUAGAAGAUGACGUUUCUGAUGACGUUAGCGUCCUCUGUGAGCUCUGCGAAGAUGAAGGUGUUCCUGGUUUUGGAUAUUGUACAGAUUGCGAUGACCCGGAAGUUCUUUGCAACAAAUGCUGCAAGCGUCACACAGCAUCCAGAAAAUUCCAAAAUCACAGAAUAUCACAAGAUCUAAAACUUCUUAUAAGGACGCGUAAACAAAUUCUAACUCUUUCACCGCAAGCAGCUGUAAAUAACACUUGUAAUCCAGCGAGAUCCCACGUAGGAAAUGGCAUCCAGGCUAGAGCAGCAGUGCCAGAAAUUUCAUCUGGCUUUCAAUGUGAACCUUGUCAGUUUGAAAAUAUGACGGUUUCUGCAACUCAGUUUUGUCUUGAUUGUGCAGAACCAGAGCCAAUGUGUACACCUUGUGCGCAACAACACCUGAGACAAAAAAUUGGUCGAGGUCAUAAGCUGUCAAAAGGUAUGCUACAAUUUCGGACCCGACAAGGAGCGAUGUCUUCAAGACAAGAAAUUAGCGGAACUGUUUUAUCCAAAAGACAAGCUGAAAAACAGGAUGACAUGCCUGGUAAACCAAUGCCCGAUGCUGUAAAAUCAGAUUCUGUCAAACUGCACUGGCGGAGAUGCGAUGGAGUGGACAGCUAUCAAAUACGAUAUAAAAGUAAAUCUGGAAAGGAAAACUGGAAAAUAAUCCAAACUGACGAUAAUAAAAAUGAAAUUACCCUAGAAGGUCUAAUGGCUGAUACAACAUACAUUUUCCAAGUCCGAGGAGUGAAAGGGGACAUUGAAGGUUCAUACAGCCAGGCUAAUGACGAAAUAAGAACACAGGCAUCUCUAGCCUCUUAUUUUCUGUCUUACUCAGUUCAGCUUAGCAAAGGGAAUCCUUCCAAGUUUGAACUGCCAUUUACUGAAAAUUCUAGAGCAAGAAAUCAGCACUACAAGAUACGUCAAAUAUGCUUAGGUGACAUGACAAACAGAGGAAAUCGUGAAGUUGAGAAAACCAUUAUGUUAGUAGGAUCCACUGGGUCAGGCAAGAGCACACUGGUGGAUGGAAUCGUUAACUAUGUGAUGGGUGUGAGCUUCGAAGAUCCUUUCCGAUUUACUCUUGUGAAACUAGAGGACGAAGAGCGACGCAAAACCGGAAAUCAAGCAGUUUCUCAGACAGAAUGGAUAACUGUUUAUAAAAUCUUUCCUCAAAGAGGAGGAAGACUGGACUAUACCCUCAAUAUCAUAGAUACCCCUGGCUUUGGAGACACUAGGGGACCAGAGAGAGACAACGCCAUUGUUGACCAAGUCCGAUAUCUUUUCUCUGCAAAGGGAGAAGAAGGGGUCCUUUUCCUGGAUUCUGUUUGUUUCAUUGUGAAGGCACCCGAUGCUCGCCUUACUCCUGUUCAGAAAUACAUAUUCCAUGCAAUCAUGUCCCUAUUUGGAAAAGACAUAGAAUCAAACAUUUGUACGUUGAUAACUUUUGCUGAUGGAGCAGACCCGCCUGUUUUGGCUUGUCUUAAAGAAGCCAAUCUUCCUUUUGGAAAUACAUUUCAAUUCAACAAUUCAGCACUGUUUGCCCCAAACAAAAAUCUUCAAAGCAGCUCUUUGUCCCCGUUUUUCUGGGAAAUGGGCUGCAAAAGCUUCGAAGCUUUUUUCAGACAUAUGAGGAGAUUCGAGACAAGAAGCUUGUCACAGACACAAGAUGUCUUGCAUGAAAGAGAACAGUUGAAAACAAUCAUUUGCAGCAUCAGACCCCAGAUAACAGCAGGCUUAUCAAAAUUAAGCGAGUUAAGGGAACAGCUGGAUCUAUUCAACCGGCACAAAAAUGAUAUUGAAAGCAAUAAAGAUUUUACCUAUGAAGUGGAGGAGACUAGACAGAUCCAGAAAGAUUUGCCUAGAGGUCAGGCUGUUACCAACUGCCUACAGUGUAACGUGACCUGUCAUGAAGACUGUCAUAUUAGAGAUGAUGACCAGAAGAGGAAAUGUUCUUCAAUGACGGAUGGCUAUUGCAGAGUCUGCUUUGAUCAUUGCUACUGGGAUCAACACAAAAACACCCCAUACAUAUUUUCAUACGUAACCGAAACGGUUACUAAAACCUACCAAGAAAUGAAAGAUCGGUACGAGAAAGCAAUCGGUGAAAAGCUAACGCAUGAGAAGUAUAUAAAAGAAUUGACGAUGGACGUUGACGAGCUAAUGGACAACAUCAUGGAUAUGAUGAAUGAGAUGAAUCGCUGUAAGACCAGACUGAGAGAGAUCGCAUUAAGGCCGGAGGCGCUUACUACAGUUGAGCACAUAGAUCUGAUGAUCCAAGCAGAAGAGUCGGAGAGACAGCCAGGGUAUACAAAGAGGAUCAAUAUGCUCCAAGAAAUGAAGAGGAUGGCAUUGGUUGAUAAGGAUUUUCACGAUUUGGAUCAACAUUUUCGCAGCACUCGUAGUGACAUCACUAGUGCAGUUGGUAAAGAGUUUCGAGGAAGACGUAAAAUCAAGACGCGUCGUCAGGUGAAGGGAAGAAAUGAAGGCGUUGUAGCUCGAGGAAUUAAUAUGGUGAAAAAGUGGUUUGGAGAAGUAGCCUGAAGGUAUCAGCCAAUGCUGCUUACAUCAAUAUAAUCUGCAUUUUAUUCAAUAUACAUGUAUUAUACUUUAGUUGCAUAUUAUAAGAAUUGCUAUUAAAUUUGUUGUGGUGUUAUUUACAUU